AGACAAAAUGGGUGACGCUGGUGACGAGCAGUUUAUGCAGCGUGCUAUAGAGUUAAGUCUUCACGCCGCGGUCUGCGGUGACGGAAUACCCUUUGCUGCGGUCAUUGUUCAGGACGGCCAGAUUAUAGGUGAAGGUUGGAAUCGUACAAUAGUGGACCAUGACCCCUCCGCUCACGGCGAGGUAGUGGCCAUCAGAAACACGUGCAGGAAGUUGAAGACACGUGACCUGACCGGAUGUGACAUCUACACCAGCUGUGAGCCGUGCACCAUGUGUGCCGCCUUGAUUGCCUUCACAGGAAUUGAACGAAUAUUUUUCGGCACGACGUUAGAAGCCAUAAUACCUCACUUCGACCUUGACCUCACGGGACUUUGCCGCGACCUUCACCUACCCAUCUGGGAGCGCCAUCUACCGGCAAAACAACUCAUGGCCGUUGAAGCAUACAAGGCUGUGAAUGACACAUUCCCCAAGAAAGACGAAGAGCAAUAG